CGUUUUUUUUUUAGAAAGAAUGAAAGAGUGUCGGUAUCCAGGGUUACUGUAUAGCCUGCUAGAGGAGAGGGUUGGGACGGAUUUAGAGAUUGUGUGCAAGGAUGGAUCCUUCUCCUGUCACGCGGUUAUGUUGGCAGUAUCUGAACAAUGGUGGAGAAAUCUACUGGAACCUUCAGAGCAGAGCAUAGUCCUUCUCCCUGAUAUGGGUAGAGUAGAGGUGGAGAAAGCUGUACAACUGUUAUAUACAGGAUCAGCGGAGGGAACUAACCCAGAACUAUUCAUCCCAACUCUUAGCUCUCUUUUUCCUAGUCUCAGCUUACAGUUGGAGAGAAAGGUUGAAACCGUUUCUCCACUCCAGGAUCCAAUUUGUGAAUCAGCGAGUUCCGAUAUUUUCCAAGAUAUCUCUAUUUCCCACGAAGUACCAGAUACAGAACCAGAUCCUGAUUAUCACCAAGUUUCUCCUCCUGGUUCUCCGGAGCUAACCAAACCUUGUUCAGAUCAACCUUGUCAUCAGAAUAUUGAGUACAGUUUGAACGAGGAGGUGGCUGAAGUGUGUGAGGUUGAAACUAGUUCUCCUAAACCUUCUCCGUAUAGUUGUCAGCUCUGUCAGAAAGCGUUUACAUAUUCUAAAGACCUUAAAAACCACCUGCUUGUUCAUGAAGAUAGAAAACCAUUCGUCUGUCGAAUCUGUCUUCGUCCUUCAAGGACGAUAAGUAACAUGUACCAACAUCUUCGAACUAACCAUUCUCUGUUUGAGAAUUUAAGAAAUCAUAUUCAAGAGGAUUCAGGAAACCAACUUUCACUAAGGGAUGAAGAUAUUCUAGAGAAAGUAAAGAACGGAUCUGUAAAUAAACUGAUUCUAGAUAUCAAUUACGUUAAGAGUGUUAGUAGUGUACGGUGGAAUACUUCAGGUGUUCCCUCCUAUACAUGCCUGGUGUGUAAGAAGUGGGUUCUUAGCACUACAUUGAGAAAUCAUCUCAAGAUUCAUGAUAUUUCACAGUUUAAGUAUAGAUGUGAAAGUUGUGAUAAAAGUUAUUGCACGAGUUCCUCCUUGUCCUACCAUAUCUCUACCUCCCAUCCAACCCAACCAAGACUGAGAUGUAACAUCUGCCCUGCCAGGUUUAACACCUUGUCGGAGAAACAGGAACACUUGAAAUCCUGCACUGAUAAGAAGAAGGAUUAUUUUUCCUGUAAGUUUUGUUUCAAGAGGUUUAACCGAAAAUCCAAUUUAAACGCACACAUGAGAAUUCACCAGGGCGGGAGGAACAUUAAACCUUUACUCAACCUUCCUUGUGAUCAGUGUGGAAAACUUCUGGUAGGACGGAGAAACUGGUUAAAACAUAAUCAAACCUCACAUAACAUUCAGCCUUCUUGUAACUUAUGCAGAAAAGAAUUUAACACAGUUGAUAGCCUGCUACAGCACAUUAAAAAACAUUGUGUCCAACAAAAAAUAGAAAAAAAAUGUGUCAAAUGUUCAGUAACAUUUUCAUCCUCAGUAAAUUCCACUCGGUUCUGCGACCUUUGCCGCAAAAUAUCUCCCACGGAAAGUGCUCUAACUAAAAGUAAAUUAAAAUGUGACAAGUGCGAGGAAGUAUUUACUGACCUCAAGAAACUGAAAAUACACAAGAAGAGUUCGGUUCACCAGAAAACAAAGAACUCGUUUCUUUACAAGUGUCAACAUUGUUUAGCAGAGAAGAAACUUAACAACUUCAGUUCAGCUUCAAGAUACAGGCGACAUUUGCAAACUCAUAAAUGUGUAACGGUUGUUAUUGAAACCAAGAAGAAAUGUACGGAUAAAAAUGAUGAAGACGACGGAAAAGAUAUGGAAGUAGAAGGGUCUGGAGCAUCUAGAGAAUAUGGAGAGAUUAAAUGUAAACUUUGCGCAAAAGAUUCUCCAGCUGCUACUAGAUUAAUUCAGCAUAUCAGAAGAUGGAAUGAAAGCAAGAUAUUUUCCUGUCCUUCCUGCCCUAGACUCUUCUCUACUCAACAGAUUCUUUCUGUUCAUUCUCUGGUUCAUACCAAAGAAAAACCUUUCAAUUGUGAUCUGUGUGGUGAAAGAUUUACUCAGAAAAGCAGUUUACAAAUGCACAUAAAAAGACACAAGUCUGGAAGUUUAGACCCACAGAAUUUAAUCUGCAAGGACUGUGGAAAGCAAUGUAAGAAUCUUGCUGGGUUCAAGAAACAUAUAUUGUUCCAUGCUAACUCGAGCAGAGUCAAUGAUAACCUGGAGAAACCAGGACUAGAUAAAACAGAUGGAGGACCUGGAGAACCAGGAGAACCUGGAGGUGUUCUUCUAGAUUCUACGCUCAGUGGUCUAUUCCGUCUGGACUCCAGCAGUUCAAGCUUUUUCGACCAGUUUCAGGUCACAACUAUCAACAUUGAUGGGAUGGAUCAGGAUCUCAACUAUAAAAUUGAUAAUGCACCUGGAUUAGCCUAUAGGACGGAACAUCUUCCUGGAGUAAACUAUAGGUCAGAUCCUCUUCAAAAUAGUGACAACUUCAGAACAGAACCUGUACCUGCCUAUAGAUCUGAACCUGUACCUGGAGUGACCUUCAGGUCUGAACUCAACCUUGGAGCUAGCUAUAUAACAGAUACCUUGGCUAAUGAAGGGUUUUCCACUGAUACUGGUGAAUACAGAACUAAUCUUCUACAGGGAGUAGAAGAUCAAUCCUCAGUUUUCUUCUCCUUGCCGAAAAGAGAUGAAAAUGUUUGCUAUGAGUUGAAGGACGGAGAACUUGCUUUUGAUCUCAAGGACGGAGCAGGACCGUCAUAUCCCUACAAAGACGCGGAUAGUAUGUUUUUAAUUAAGGGUGGGCAUGGAAACUUUAUCAAUAAGGAUUCCGAAAGCUCCUUUGUAACUAAAGACGGAUUGGGUGUUCCAUAUUCGAUACCUGAAGGAGGGGUAUCCUAUACUCUUAAAGACGAAGAUGGAAUUUAUUAUACUUUAAAAGAGGGUGAUAAUUUGUCUUUCGCAGGCUCAUUUCCUGUCUCUAUCGAGCCGAGCUCAUCUGUUAAAGAUACCCAGUCAUUCUCUUGUAGAAGUAAGCCAGGAGAUUCUGUAGGUUUUGAAAGUUCAGAGUUUGAAGCGCAGAGAGCUGAAGAAGACGCAGCACUGCCGUUUCUUCUUGUGCGCCCAGUAGAAACGGAAUCGGAAGCAAAUAAAAUUCAAGAUUGCGACGGUGAGAGGGUUUCUGUUUAUCAACUGAAGGAAGGAGAGGAACUUCUCUAUAAAAUACAAGUUGUGAAUGAUGUAAAUUCAAAAUGAUAAGAAUACUCAUUAUUGAUCAUUUUCUGUAAUAAAUCAUAUUAUAACGAAAA